AUGGAGAACAAAAGUAACCAGCUGCCCCAAGAUAACCCGAAGCUAAAAAGCUACUGGUUAAAUAAGAUGGAAGCUGAGGCUGCUGUCGUCUUCUCGAAGGCCAGUGAAAUGUUCAUCAUGGAUCUCACCAUGCGUGCGUGGAACCAUGCCCAUGAGAACAAACACACAACGAUCCGCGGACCAGAUAUCGCCGCCGCAGUGGGUCGAACGUUCACGAUGGAUUUUCUUCUUGAUGUUGUCCAUGUGGAGGAGGAGCCAGAUCACGAAGAUGGAGAACUGCCACCGGGAAUGGUGAUAGGAACUCCUGUUGUGGAUGGUAGUGGGAUAUUCGGUGACGUACUGGAGCCGUGGCCGGGAACUUGGACCGUGGCGCCUGUGGGAGAGGAUGUGCCUGGGGGAAGUGGAGGAAAUGGUGGAAAUUAA